UCGAUACACUGACAGCUCUGCAGCCGCAAACGCAAGGUAGAAAUCCGCUUCGCUUCUCUUCUCUGCUCAACUGUACCGCCGCUUUUUGGUCAAAUAUCUCGCAAAUUACGACCGCACGCACACCGGAAGAGCGAGCAGAAUGUCGAGCGUGCCAAAGCGAGCCAAGCUGGACGGCGCCCCCGCCGACGGGAACACAACCGCAGCCGCCGGCAACAACGAGGAGGAGUCGGAGGCGCUGGAGCAGAUUGAUGCCUGCCAGAACGAGAUCGACGCGCUGAACGAGAAGGCCAGCGAGGAGAUCCUCAAGGUGGAGCAGAAGUACAACAAGCUGCGAAAGCCGUGCUACGAGAAGCGCAGCGAACUGGUCAAGCGGAUCCCCAAUUUCUGGGUGACCUCGUUUAUCAACCACCCGCAAGUAUCCGGCAUUCUGGACGAGGAGGAGGAGGAGUGCCUGCACGCCCUCAACAAACUGGAGGUGGAGGAGUUCGAGGACAUUAAAUCGGGCUACCGCAUCAACUUCCACUUCGACGAGAAUCCUUACUUCGAGAACAAGGUGCUCACCAAAGAGUUCCACCUAAACUCAGCGGCUGCUUCAGAAAACGGCGACUGGCCCGCGUCCACUAGCACGCCCAUCAAGUGGAAGGAGGGAAAGAACCUGCUCAAACUGCUGCUGACGAAGCCCUACGGCAACAAGAAGAAGCGCAACUCCGAGUACAAGACCUUCUUCGACUGGUUCUCGGAUAACACCGAUCCCGUCAACGAUGAGAUCGCAGAACUGAUAAAGGACGACCUUUGGCCAAAUCCACUGCAGUAUUAUCUGGUACCUGACAUCGAGGUGGAGCCCGAGGACGAGGAGGACAACGAGGAGAACGAGGAGGAGGCAUUCGACGACGAGGACGGUGAGGAUGGCGAGGGCGAGGAAGAGGACGAGGAUGAAGAUGACAAGUAA